GAAGGGAACACAACUACUAACCGGGAAUAAUUUCGAACUUGCAGAUGCAGUUAUUUUGAGCCAAUGGAUUCACUCGCACGGAUUCCUGAAACCUGCCGUUGUUUCCUCUUUUUUUUAUUUAACAAAGAACAAAGCUUUCCCCUAUAAAAAUGUAACCAUCAUUUCUUCACCCACCCAUCGACCUUUCUGAGCUCAUCUUUUACCCUUCUCUCUUCUCUCUCUCUCCCAUCAAACACUCCAAAGACUAGACCUUUUCUAAGCAGUUCAAAUGGACUAUGCUAGACGUUCAAGGAGGCCUUGUUUCAUUGAGGAUGAUGGGUUGGCUUCUCUUGCAGACAAAGAAGCUGGAUAUUCAGGAAGCCAUUACCAAAGUCAUAACCAAAAUGGGUUUUUCUCAAGACCUCUUUGUUACUCAAGGAGGAGUAGUUUGAGGAAUCUGUCUUCUUAUUCCGUCUCUUCUUCUCCAAGGUCUGCCAGGUUUUAUGAUGCAAGAUUUGAAGACCAUCAACCCCAUUUCUUGGAUGCUUGUUUUCUUUGCAAGAAACCUCUUGGGGGUAACCGAGACAUCUUCAUGUACAGAGGGGACACACCUUUCUGUAGUGAAGAGUGCAGACAAGAGCAAAUAGAUAUAGAUGAGGCUAAGGAAAAGAACUGGAACCUUUCUUCCUCAAUGAAAGCUUUGAGAAAGAAGGAUCAAAGGAAAUCUACAUCUCCUACGAAAGCUGGAGACCACCCUCUCCCUGCAGGCACUGUUGCAGCUGCCUAAAUCACCUCACAAAGUAAAUAAAGAACAUAUCUACCAUAUAUAGAUAGUUGCAAAAAAAAGAAAGACAAGAAAAAGGACAUGGAGAUCCAUGAAGAAAAGGGCCAAGGAGAGGAGGAAGAAGCCUAUUUUGAGGGCUAUUUUCUGGGUUUUUGGCCCUUUUUUACUUUUAAAAAACAUAUAUGCUAGUUUUAACUGUGAAUGUUAUGUAUAUGAAAGAGGAUGUGAAAUAGCCUGGAUCUACCGUAUGAGGUGGAUCUUUUUUUGGGGUUGUUUCUCUUGGUUAAUUAGAUUUGAUUUUUUUUUUUGAACAAACGCUAAUGCAUCGAAGAAGAGUAUGAGAAGGGGAACCUUUGUUUUGGCUCUUCGUGGUCUAUUUCUGUACUAAUUUCCUUUCUAUUUUCAGUAUCACUAAUGUUAAAUGCGAAUGGACGUAAAUGGAACUUAAAAAGCUGUUUUCUUUUGUGGAUUUUAAUUUCAUUGUUAAGAUUAUUGUUGUUGCACUCUCUAUUCUUUUUACCUUUAGGCUUCUUUGACAAGUCCAGAGGUGAAGUGGGAAUAUGGAAAAGAGAAAGAAAAGUGCUUUUUUUUUUUUGGAAAAAUGCAUUUGCGUCUUAGUUCAGGACUUUGUGGCUUGUACAAUUACCUGCCACGCUCCCACCAGGAAAACAAUGACCAUUUGCCAUGUUAGGCUUCAUCACCAAUCCUCCACCCCAC